AUGAAAGAAUUAAAUGUUCCUGAUAGUCCAUUGUUUUACAAACUGAAAGAAAAGAAGUUUGGAAGUUUUUCAUGGGAAGAACUAAUUACAAAGGGACUCGGGGUGACUAUCAAUGAUUCAGAGCACUUUCAAAAGCCACUUGCUAAUUGUGAAGUUAUAGGACAUCCUGCUCAAGCAGAAAAGUGGAAAACUGAUAUCAACUUCAAUAAUGAUAGAGUGGAUGAUUUACCUGUUGUUCACAUUCCUAUUAAUCUUUUUUUGGAUGACACUGCAACACACAAGAGCAGACAGUGGAUGGCACUGCACUGUAUUCAAAUGCAAAUAGCAGGGUUACCAACCAAGGAAAGACAAAAAGAAGGUGCCCUUCAAUUUCUAGGUGCAUCUGAAAAAGUAGAAAUAAUGGAUGUUGCACAAGUAAUACUAAAUGAUAUAAAAGAUCUUCAAAGUGAUGGAGUCGAAGGUUAUGAUGCCAAUGAGAUGAAAAAAUGCUUCAUUAAGUCAAGUCUCAACUCUGUUAUUGCAGACUUCAAUAUGUUGUCUUAUUGUUGCAACCAUUUAGGAGCAGCAGCUAAUAAAUACUGCCCAAGAUGCAAUGUUGAUUCUGAACAUUUCAUGUCUUUAGGAACUUCAAGAACACCAGACGAAACCAAGAGAACAGUCGAAAGAAUUAAUUUGAGAUCCUGUGAGAGAGACAAGAAAGCGUUAAGAAAACAGAAAGGAGUGAAAGAGCACGAAAAUGUUUUUUGGGAUUUAAUAGAUCCUCAUAGAGACAUACCUGUAGGAUUACUUCAUCUGAUACCUCUUGGCCUUGCAAAGCACCUGGUGAAGUUAAUUCUACAGGAUUUAGACAGUAUACAAAAACUGAAACUGCAAUUGCAUUUGCUGUCGAUGGUACCAGGAAGCAAAUUCCAAAAUUUCUUCCAUUAUAUUGAUAGCAAACAAGGAAAGCACUUUAAAGAAUAUUUACAGCUUGCACCUCUCAACAUGAGUUAUGCAGGAGUAGCUGGAAAAUAUAUACGCAUGGUGUCCUACCUUGCAAAGAUUCAGAAAACCUUAAACCAGGCCAAUUUUACAAGGACAGAUAUUCAAGAUCUGAGAGAAGACAUCAGAGCAUAUCAUCAGCUUGUGCAUCAACAUGCACCUGAACUGAAGAAAAAGGCUAAAACACAUCUUCUGUUGCAUGUGGUUGAGGAUAUACAGCGCCAUGGUCCACCACAGUCUUUUCAAGAGGACGCUUUUGAAAAAAAAUCACGGUACAAUUCGCAAUAUAAUAUUUUUACAGAACCAGAAAGCGAGAGAGACACCAGCAUUAAAUUUGCAAAGCACUAUGUUGCUAAGCGUAUUAUGACUGGAGGGUAUUUUGAGGACCAUGAGACAUGGAAAACUGCAUCACCAAAUGUGAUCAACUUUGGAUUAUCCUCCCCAGAAGUAAGAAAGUAUUUUGGGUUGGGUCACCAGACUCAACAGGUCGCAGGAAAAAUUUCAUUAUUAAAAAGAGGAAAACAUGGACAUGUUUUGGAGGAAUCCCAAAAUGAGGAUGUAAUAUUGAGUGCCACUCUUUCACUAAAUAUUGAUGCUAACAUCAGCCAGUAUACCCUGAAGAGAGGAAGUGGUGUGACCACCCAAGAAAAUGAGCUUGCUCAAAGUGGAAAUUGGGUGCAAUACAUAAAUGAGAAUGAAAAUGAAUGCUAUGGUAUAUUCCAAGAGGGGUAUAUUUUAACACCAAAAAGAGGAAGCACAAGACUAAUAGUCAAAUUGCAGAAAGCUGAGAAGGUCAACACCAAGGAUUGUAACUGUGACAUGUACAAUGUGCAAAAUGGUUUUGAUAUUUUAAGUUCUAUAAAUGUACAGAAAAGGGUUAAUUUUUUUCAUGAUUGCAAAGGAGGAUCAUGCAACAUUUCAAAGGCAUUGCAUGAAGAAAGAAUUGAACAAGAAAACAUUACAAGAAAAACAAAUCAUUUGAAACACAAGAAAAAUCAUACUGUGUAUGUUCUAAAUAAAUAUAGUUUCAUUUAGUCAAUAAUGUAAAUGUACAGUAGGUUAUGUUUGACUUGUUGAAAAGAAGUAUGUUUCAUAAGGCCCCAAUUUAACAUGUUUAACACCAUGUUUAAUAUCAAAUAUUAAUAUCAUUGUUUCAAGACAAAAAUUGCAUCAAGAUAAUGAAUUUGGAAGAAGAGAAGUUAUAAAUUAAUAUUUUUAUGGAGCUUUUCUUAUAAAAGGUGUAAAUUUACACUUUGAAUUAUAAAUACGCAAAAAAAUAAGAGUUUGGUGAAAUUUGACAAAAUCAGUUGCAUUAAACAUAAUUUGUAUUCAAGUUUCUUAACUUAAUAUGAGUAUUUUCCAGAUAUGUGACAUAUAAUUAGUUUAAAUUGAACAGGUUUGGACCCUGUUUUAAAAUGCACACAUUAAGAGAAUUGUAUAAAAUG